GUCAAUUACUCAGUAAUGCAGUUCGUCCACAACGAUCACAUUGUGGCGCAAAUGCUUCGGAGCGAAAGGGUUAAUUUAAGAAGUCCCAAGAUGAAUUUGAUACUUUUUAUACUGGCUACGCUUCUAAAGUUUUUUUUCAAUAUGUUAUAUUUUAUUAGAAAAAAGUUAAAUCAUGAAAAACCGCAACGAAUUCCUCCUCCCAAUAAUAAUUUAUUUAAAAUGUCAGCGACUCUACUUGCUGAAAAGAUCAGAUUAAGAGAAAUUACAAGUCAAGAAUUAGUAGAAGCAUAUAUCCAACGUAUAAAACAAGUAAAUCCUAUUUUAAAUGCCGUGAUUGAGGAUAGAUUCCAAGAAGCCUUGGAAGAGGCAAAGAUUUGUGAUAAAAAUAUCAGAAAUAAUGAAAUUACUAUUCCCGAACUCAAAAAGCAAAAACCAUUAUAUGGCAUACCGUUCACGGUUAAAGAAUCAUGUAUGCUCAAAGGAUUGAGUUAUACAGGAGGUUCUUAUGGUCGAAAAGGAAUAAAAGCAUUGGAAAAUGGAGAAGCGGUAGAAAUAUUGAGAAAUGCAGGUGCUAUACCUCUAUGCGUUACAAAUACUCCAGAAUUAUGUACGGGAUUCGAUUCUUACAAUCAUUUGUUUGGAAGGACAUGUAACCCAUACGAUAUAAGAUAUACAGCUGGUGGUUCGUCGGGCGGAGAGGGAGCACUCAUAGGUUCAGGAUGUUCUUUGAUAGGACUCGGUUCUGAUAUAUCAGGAUCGAUAAGAAUACCAGCCCUAUUUAAUGGUAUCUUCGGACAUAAGCCAACAGCAGGAAUUGUCUCGAUAAAAGGACAUUUUCCGUACGAAGACAAUAUCAAAUUUAAAGAAUGUCUACUAAUUGGACCUAUGACAAGAUAUGUAGAAGAUUUACACUUGGUUAUGAAAAUAUUGACUGCUACAUACAAUCGAGAUUUAUAUUUGGAUGAUCCGGUUGAUUUAAAAAAAUUAAAAGUUUUUUAUUUGGAGGAUUUUGGAUCUUCCAUGAUUUUAGUUCCAACUCAAAAGGAAAUACGAACUUGUAUUAAGGAGGCAGUUAAGCAUUUGAAAUAUUGUGGCUCUGAGAUUGAAGAAUAUCCAGGUACUUUAAUUCACUAUAUCGAAGAGAUCUUAAUUACUAUAUUGACUUUAAGCGAAAUCCCAAUUUUAUUGGAUCCAAAUGAUUCCAAGCAUGAAAAACAAUUGUUAUAUGAAUUGCCAAAGUCACUAUUAGGUAUUUCACAAUAUACGUUCGGAGCGAUCUUUCUAAAGAUUUUAAUAUAUAUGAAUAAAAUCCUGAACUACUCGAAUCAACAAGAAUGUAACAUUCAAAAUCAACGUCAAAAUUUUAUAGAUUUGUUAAGUAACAACAGUGUAUUCAUUUUUCCCACAUAUCCAAUAACAGCACCGAUAGGCAAUGUAAUAAUUUUCAAUCCAUUGGGUACGAUAUAUUGCAAUAUAUGGAAUUUAUUCGGUUUUCCAGCGACUAAUGUUCCCAUGGGUAUCACAGUGGAUGGUUUACCCAUUGGUUUACAGGUCAUUGCUGCUCCUUAUCAAGAUCGUUUAUGCUUAGCAGUAGCUAAAGAAUUAGAACGAUCAUUUGGUGGUUGGAUACCACCUUAUCCAACCUGUUAAUAUAUAUAUAUAUAAAUUAAAUUAAUAUUAUAUAUAUAUAUUUUUUUUCUUAU